AGGAAAAGGGGCAAAUGUGCGCGGCGGCGGCGGCGGCAGCGAGGGAGCAAGGACAGAGAGUGCGCAAAUAGACAUCCAGGCACAUCAUCAUUGUCCUCAGCAGCAGCAGCGGCGGCAGCAGCAGAUCCUUUCUGAUCCUGAUCUCCAGAUCUCUCUCUCUCCCUCUCUGUGCGUCUGUGUCUCUCUCCCCCUCUCUCUCUCUCUCUCUGAUUGAGAUUUCAUUGCCCGGCUGAAGUGCCAACCAUCACCUCCCACCACUCACUUUCUCUGGACCUCGGUUAUUCUUAGCUCAGCUGCGAGAGAGAGUGACUCUCCUUCCGGUCCUUCUCUUAUUUAUCCCAGUUUCUUGAAUAUUUAAUGGAAAAUGGCGAUCUGCGCGCAGUCGUACGGCUUUUUCUGCCUCCUCGCAAUCCAAACUGUACUUAUCAUAUGCGUCUCCACGCCGACUGACGGGACCCACCUCUUCCCACAGCACUACACAAUGAUUCACUGGGCCGGACGCAUCGAGAAGGAGCUGGAAAAGGUUCUGCAACACGUCACUGGUACUCAGCAGAUGAAAUCGAUCUACAGUGAGAAGAAGAGCCAGUUUGAAAUCAAGAGAAAUAAUCCCAAGGACUUGGUGGAGAGGGUGGCGAGGGACAUCUCCAAACUGCUCAACAGUAAGAGGAAGGCUCUGGAGAAACUGGCCAGGGAGGCGGAGUUGCUUCAGAGGGAGCACGUAUGGCAAGACGGUGUAACGGAGAAUGCCAUUUCAUACUACGAUUCCAAAGCGGAUUCUGACUAUACAGAGGAUGGAGAAGAGGAGAGCGUGCUGGAGAGCUCGUCCUCUUUGGCGCUGGAGUUUGUGGAUGAUCCCAAUUUCAAAAACAAGGUCAACUACUCUUCCAGUGCGGUCCAGAUUCCCACAGACAUAUACAAAGGCUCUCCAGUCAUCUUAAACGAGUUAAACUGGACCCAGGCGCUGGAGAGAGUCUUCAUUGAAAAUCGUCGUGACGACAGCUCUCUGCGUUGGCAGGUGUUUGGCAGUGCCACGGGAGUGACACGAUAUUAUCCAGCCACUCCAUGGAGGGCGCCCAACAAGAUCGACCUGUACGAUGUCCGCAGGAGACCGUGGUAUAUCCAAGGUGCAUCGUCUCCAAAGGACAUGGUGAUCAUUGUGGAUGUGAGCGGAAGCGUCAGUGGACUCACUCUGAAGCUCAUGAAAACCUCUGUUGUGAAGAUGCUGGACACGCUAUCAGACGACGACUAUGUGAAUGUGGCCAGGUUCAACGAGAAGGCAGAUGCGGUUGUUCCUUGCUUCAGGACCUUGGUCCAAGCCAACGUCCGUAACAAGAAGAUCUUCAAGGAGGCCGUCAUGCACAUGCAAGCCAAAGGAACCACGGAUUACAAGUCUGGCUUCACAUUCGCCUUUGAACAGCUUCUCAAUGAGAGUAGCGCCCCGAGGGCCAACUGCAAUAAGAUGAUAAUGAUGUUUACAGAUGGCGGGGAGGAUCGUGCGCAGGAAAUCUUUGAGAAGUACAACUGGCCCAACAAAACAGUCCGUGUGUUCACCUUCUCUGUUGGGCAACAUAAUUAUGAUGUCACCCCUUUGCAGUGGAUUGCUUGUGCCAAUAAAGGUUACUACUUUGAAAUUCCAUCGAUUGGAGCCAUCCGAAUCAACACCCAGGAGUACCUGGAUGUCCUGGGCCGUCCCAUGGUGCUGGCUGGGCCUAAAGCCAAACAGGUGCUGUGGACAAACGUCUACCAAGAUGCACUGGGUUUGGGCCUCGUCAUCACCGGAACAAUGCCAGUAUUCAACCUCACUGCUGACAGUUUCAGCGCUCAGAACCAGCUCAUUCUGGGAGUCAUGGGCGUCGAUGUCGCAAUCAACGAAAUCAAGAGGAAGACUCCGACUUACAGACUCGGAGCAAACGGCUACACCUUUGCCAUCGACCCAAAUGGUUAUGUGCUGCUGCAUCCCAACCUGCGACCCAAGAUCAUUAACUUCAGAGAGCCCGUCACUCUGGACUUUCUGGAUGCAGAGCUGGAAGACAGCAACAAGGAGGAGAUCCGUCGACAGAUGAUUGAUGGCAAAUCAGGACAAAGGAAAAUCAAGACGCUCAUUAAGUCAGUUGAUGAGAGGUACAUCGACGAGGCCUUGAGGACGUACACGUGGACGCCUGUGGAGGGCACAGAUUACAGUCUAGGUUUGGUACUGCCCACAUACAGUGAGAACCACAUCAAGGCUAAUCUGAGUGACCAGAUCCUCCAGGUGCAGUUGCAAUACAUCGCGGAUUUUGAAUCACUGCUGCCAAACAGUUUUGAGUCUGAAGGACAUGUAUUCAUUGCUCCCAGGGAGUACUGCAAUGAACUGGAACUGUCCAACAACAACACCGAGUUCCUGCUCAACUUCAUUGCUCUCAUGGAGAAGGUGACACCGGACUCCAAACAAUGUGACAAUUUGCUCCUUCAUAACCUGAUUCUGGACACUGGCAUCAUCAGGCAGCUGGUGGAUAAAGUGUGGAAGAACAAAGACUUGAAUACAUAUGGCUUUUUAGCCGUGUUUGCUGCGACUGAUGGAGGUAUAACGAGAGUGUUUCCAAACAAGGCCGCAGAAACCUGGGAAGAAGACCCUGAGCCUUUUAACACCAGCUAUUACCGGCGUAGUCUUGACAAUAAGGGUUACAUCUUCAGAGCCCCUUAUCGAACAGCCAGGGAUGAGCUGCUGAACCCAGAAAAUGACACCAUUGGGAUCCUGGUCAGCACAGCUGUGGACAUCACAAUAGGAGGAAAAAACAUCAAACCUGCGGUGGUUGGAGUGAAACUAGACCUUGAAGCCUGGACGGAAAAGUUCAAGAUCCUCGCCAGUAACCAUACAGACAACCGUCAAGGCUCGAAUACGUGUGGACCGAACAGAGGCUGUGAAAUGGACUGUGAAGCCAACAGUGAUGAUCUCUUGUGUUACUUAAUCGACGACGGUGGAUUCCUGAUCAUGUCUAAUCAGAAGGAGGAAUGGAACAAGGUGGGAAUGUUCUUCAGCGAUGUUGACCGCUACUUGAUGUACGCCCUCUACAACAAUUCCUUCUACAAUCGCAAGCAGUCAUUUGACUACCAGUCUGUGUGUGAGCGGAUGCCCAACAGUGAAGCCGGAGCGGCGCCCAGAGGAGUGUUUGUGCCUACAAUUGCAGAUUUUGUAAAUGUGGCUUGGUGGACAUCAGCAGCUGCUUGGUCCCUGUUUCAGCAGUUUAUAUAUGGGCUGGCUUAUCACAGCUGGUUUGUCAGAGAUGAGGUUGACGCAGAGGGAAUCGAUACCAAAGAGCGGAGUUGCGUAAUGAUCCAGACCCAGUACUACUUAAGUAAUCUCAGCAGCUCCUAUAACAUCCUGCAAGACUGUGGCAACUGCUCUAGGCUGAUUCACGCAAAGAGGAUAAACAACACCAACUUACUAUUUGUGGUGGCAGAGAAGAUUUCAUGCACCUGCGAGAUAGAGAAGCUGUCCCAGGAGGAGGAGGAGUAUAGGGAGGAAAAUCCAUGUGAAGAAAUGGCUGUGGCACGUUAUCGAAAAGGACCCUCCACCUGCUUUGACAACAACAUCACUGAAAACACAUCGGACUGUGGGCGAGGUCACGCUUUCCGUCCGUCCCACUACACUUUACUGCUUAUUCAGCUGCUUCUGCUUUAUCCAGCUGUCAGCCCCCACAUUCACUCUCUACUACAUUAAUUUCAUUUACCUCCAUGUGUCCUCUCCCUUUAGCCUUCCUGAGCUCCUUUCCCCCCCAGUCCUGAAACCAUCUGCCCCCCCUUCCUCCGUGCUCUUACGUCCUCCUCCCCCGUGAUGUAGUCAUAGGUGGUAAUGGGACUUCCCAUCGCAGCAAGUCGGAAGCCCUGAGCGCCACGCUACCCAGCUUGCUUCCAGUUGUGCCGCUUAGUGACAACUGCCGGACCUCUGUGUCCUCAGCCAGUUCACCUUCAUUUGCAGGAAGACCGGUGGGUAUCGUAACCACCUGGAUCAUCAGAGAUAAAUUACGAAAAGAAAACAAGCCCCCCACCACCACCACAUUCCUACCAUCCAGAGAAGAGGAAAUGGGAUGUGUCAGAUGUCAUCGUCACAGAUGCCUGCCUCACACAAACUGGAGCGUUGAGGUUUUGUCUGUCCAUCUUUGCCUCUGUUGGUCAGACAGACGGUGGGACAUCCUCUCCUCCAUCCCAGAGUCUUACCCCUCUGCCACUCACCUCUCUGAAAGGGGCUGAAGAGCGUUUGACCACCGACAGCCACUAUAAAAGAAAACUUAACAGAAAAAAAAGUAUACAAAAUGUCAAGUAUUAACUGCUGAAGUGAUAUAAGUAUUCCAAACACACAGUAUAUUAAGGUUUUCAUUUGAAUGGGAAGUUGUUAGGUGUUAACUUAAAAAAAAAACAAAUAUCUGAAUUCAUUUAUGCACUAUAUCUACUUGCCAAAAUGAGAUAGACUUUCAUGUGGAGUUAUUUUUUAUUGCCAAAACCUUUGAUUUUUAAGAUAAACCACGAGACGAGGAGAGAAAAUGGCCAGAAACUGAAUGUUGGUUCCGUUUUCUGCAGCUCUAAAUUAUAUUUUAUAAUUAUUAGAACAAUGGAAUGAUGCUUGUUGCAUUGACUCAAGUGUUUCUCCUAAUAUUUACUGUUUUAAUUCUAUCUGGCUCACACACUCGUGACAGCUGUAAAAAAGGUGAAUCAGCAUUUGGUUUGGAGUCCUGUUGAUUCCUCCUAUGAUCAAUCAACCACUCCGACCUCUGGUUUAGAGUGAUGUUAUAAAUGAACCCCCGCCCCCCUCCUCCUGUGCUCUCUAACAUCAAAGCUCACCUCUGAGAAACCUCCCGAGGCUUCUCCACCAAACUAACACUUGCGCUCUCUCCGCGUCACAACAGAGAUCUUAUCCUCGCGACUCUCUCGUGAAAGUAGUUCCGUUAAAGUGUUUUUUUCUCUUUCCGUUGGAAGGCUAUAUUACUAUAUUACCUUUUGACUGACGCUGUUCGAACUUCAAAAUCAUUCGCUGCUGAGGGAUAGGGGCUUAUCAACAUAUUCCGACUACAAGUGCAGAAGAGGCCACUAAAUAUGGUGAUCACGUGCAGUAGUGCUCUGGUCGUAAUCCAUCACUGUUUUAUCGUUUGGUCAUCGUGACGUGCGAAGUCAUUUUAGACUCCCAUGUUUAGGAGCCACUCUGUUUCAUAGUGCCUUGAUGCACUUUGUUUUGGAAUGCAUCAGCUGUGUCGUAGAGCUACUGUAUAGUACCUUUAUAAAGCAGACCUGCUGGUUGUAGACAUAGCUGAACACGGGGCCGUCACACUGACCGGCUCCGGCUUAAUGUACUUGCCCUCUUGGCUGUGGUAGCUUUUCACCGCUCAGAGCCACCCGACUGCCAUCAUAUGGAGUUACUAUACUGUUCCUCUACAGAGCCAUUCAUAGAGCAAUGAUACGCUAUCAGUAUACAGCGACUUAACUGGCCAUAGAGCGUUCUUAGGGCCAACUCGACUGCUAUAGUUCUGCCUGAAUCGUAUGUGUUAGUGUACGUGUGAGUGUGUGUGUGUACGUUUGUUUGCGUCGGAAAGUCCUUCACAUACGGAGUGUAUGAGGGAUGACAGUUGUGAUUAGCAUAGCUGGUUUUCCUGUUUCUAUAUUGCAAAAGACAAAAAUUUCAUUGUUGUUGGUGGAAAAAAAAAAAAAAAAAAAAAAAAAAAAAAAAAGAAAGAAAAAAAAAAAGAAAAGUGAUUUUAACCGAAAAACAAAAAGAAACCGUCGUUAACCGUCAGGCUGCUUCAAUGUCCUGAACACGAGGGACGGCAGAGGUGUCUGAAAGAAUGUGUCGUUCAUCAGUGUUUUAUGUUUCAGAUGCAACAUAGUUAACAAAAGCCUCUCUAAAUGCCUUAGUGUUACAAAGUAUGGAGCUCUGAUAUGUCCUCCCUCCCUCCCUCCCUCCCUCCCGUUCAUACACAGGUUUUCUCACGCACGCGCGCGCACACACACACACAUAGAUCCUCCAAAACACUCACUCCUCUGGGUUUUCUCUGUGUUCUGCAGUUAAGUAUAGUGAGCUCUAGUUUUGUAUUUUCACGUCUUGGAAUGAUUCGCUAUAUUGACUGAUGCUUGUUCGCAGAUUAAACGCUUGAAAGCAGGUGGGAGUUUUUAAAAAGUACAAAAAAAAAAACAAACAAAAAAAAACCCACAUCCGACCUUCAAUGUGCACACCCACCCAAACCUCACUGUAUUACUCAGGUGGGAAGAUUCACACGAUGAUUUGAACUUUAACUUGCACACUCUGUACGGUUGUUGGUACUCUUUGAUGUGACAAAAAUGCUGGCACAGUUCACUGCGGCGCGGCGCGGAAUAAAUCAGACUUUAAUAAAAGAGAAAAAAGAAUGAACAUGACUGUUAAAAAAAAUAUUUGAAAAUUAAACAUGUAUUUUCAAAUUCAAGUCACGCGACGCCGGAUGCAGUUCUACUUUUCUGGCAUCUGUUUGUCUCCGUUCCUGUGCCAUUAAUUCUGUCUGUAUUGCCCUAUUUCCACUAUCUGUAAAUUAACGCUACACGUGCCUGUGGAAAUGUACCCCCUGCAACUUACUCUCUCUCUUCUCCUGGCUCUGUACACAUACAGUCUCACACAUAGACAUGAAUAUGUGGGCCUACAGUUUGUGCACAUGCGCCGAGACAUUAUGCACACAAACGUACAAGUAAGUAAACGCGUACCGACACUUAUUCAUCGCCCAGGCGGGAGAUGUCGAGCACCGGGGCGGAAGUAAAGCGAGGAUGUCACUUCCCUGGUGUGUGAUUCUUUUUGUUGCUUUGUUGUUGUUUUUUUCUUGAGAGUGGGCAGGAUGUCGGAGGCAAGCUCAGGGAGUGGGUCUCCACAGAGCAGCAUGGGCCCGGAGGGCACGGAGGAACCACGUAGUGACGUCUGUCUGUGUGUGUGUGUGUGUGUUUGCAUCCUGACGGAAGGGACAUGUAUGAUUUCUGUGGUUUGACAAAUUUACUUUUUGCCACAAAAAAAAAUAAAAUAAAAACAGAAAAUUGGUCCAGCUUGGGGAUGAAAGGGAGAGACCACUUUAAACUCAGUCCCCCUCCUGACUCUCGCUGCAUCUGUGUCGGUGCAUCUCUGUGGGAAAGACACGUGUGUAUGUGAUUCUGUAGUCUGUAGUCUGGUGAUGUGACCAUGUUUGACAAAGUGUGGGGACAAAAAAAUAACAUUUAGAGGAGGAAAAAAAAAAGAGUGAAAUCAGUCCAAUAUUAAGUAUAAGUACAAAAAAAACUGCGCUGUUGAUAGGUUUGAGAUCUGAAGUUGAAAUGUUUUUAAUUUUUUUUUUUUUGGUUUGUUUUAUUUUUUCGUGUAUGUAUGCGAGUGUGAAUGUCGUGUGUGUGUGUGUGGAAGAUUUCACUCCUUCUUUUCUGGGCACUGGUCCAUGUCGCUCCAUUCUUUUGUACAGAUGAAACUUCUAAAAAACAAAAGAAGAAAAAAAGAAAGAAGAGGGCAAAAUUUGUAAAAUAUUGUGUCUGUGACUCCUUGUAAGAUAUUUUCAAAUUGUUUAUUACAGAGAAUCAGUUAUUAAAUAAUGUUCAUAUUUUUCACUUCA